GAAUAGAAAUGUCAGAAGUUUGUUUAUAAAUUUGUGCCGGCGUGUUGUUUUUUAAUUAUAAUAUUUUAAAACAAGUGUUUGACCACAGAGUAAAUAAUCUAGGAUGAGUUUUCUAAAGCCAAAAGAUGUGAUAGAAGAAGGUGAUACAGUGAUACUUUAUCUCACUGUAAAUUCCAUGCACGCCAUCGAAGCAACACCAACGAUAGUUAACAAAAAGGGGGAGACCAUUGAAAAUAUAUUCCAAACAUCUUAUGGCGCAUUAAAAGUGCGAAAUAUAAUUGGUGUCAGUUAUGGCAGUCGUGUGGAGCUGUCAAAAGGUUGGGCCUACGUACUUCAACCAAAUCCAGAACUAUGGACACAAACAUUACCACAUCGCACACAAAUCAUUUAUACACCAGAUAUUAGUAUGAUACUUUUUCAACUGGAGGUACGACCUGGCUCGGUAAUAAUUGAAUCGGGUACUGGUUCAGGAUCGUUGUCGCAUUAUUUUUUGCGCGCUAUUAAACCAAGUGGCCACUUACACACAUUUGACUUCCAUGAGGCGCGCGCACAACAAGCGCGUGAAGAAUUUCAACGACAUGGCUUAGGCGACUUUGUUAGUGUUUAUCAUCGUGAUGUUUGCCAGUUGGGUUUCGGAGACGAGUUGGAUGGAAAAGCUGAUGCGGUGUUUUUGGACUUACCAGCACCACAAAUAGCUGUGCCUUUUGCAACUAAAACGCUAAAGUUAGAAGGUGGACGCUUUUGUUCAUUUUCACCUUGUAUUGAGCAAUCGCAACGUUGUUGUAUUGCUUUACAAGAACAUGGCUUCACAGAGAUUCGUUCAAUGGAAAUAUUGCAGCAAGAGCAUAUUGUGAAAACUCGUACAAUGCCUGUGCUCGAUUUGGAAUUUCUUAAGCAUAAGAAACCUUCUACGGAAAAUAAGGAUGAAAAUCAUACUGAAGAAACUAAUGCAAAACUGGAAUCUGCAAAAACUCCUAAGGAAACCAAAAAGGUGCUAACAUCUUCAGCACCUUCCACACUACCCGGUCACACGGGAUAUCUGACAUUUGCUACACUGCCGCCAGCUUUUGUACGAUAAUUUAAUUUGUGUGAAAUUUAUUUAACAAACUUUUUAUUGCAUUCGUAGUAUUUAAACUAUUAGAAUAAAGUCAAGUGCGUAUUUUAAAUACA